AAGAAAGAUUCGAAGAAUUUAUAUUUCUUUCUACCACUGUCAAAAUGGCUACCAUGUCACUUGCAGCCCAGAAUCUCUUCCAUGUGAACGGCCUGGUAGCCGUCAUUACUGGAGGAGGAUCAGGUAUUGGCUUGAUGAUGGCCAAAGCCCUGGCCCUCAAUGGCGCCCACAAAGUGUAUAUAAUAGGCCGACGCAAAGACGUGCUCGAGAAAGCCGCCGCCUCCGUCCCAACAGAAAACAUAAUCCCUCUCGUCGGCGACGUGACCUCCAAAGAAUCACUCGCCUCCAUAGUCUCUACCAUCACCUCCGAAGUUGGCUAUAUAAACGUCCUGAUCGCCAACUCGGGGAUUCUGGGUCCUUCGAGAUCAGCACUCAGCGGCACUCUAACAAUUGAAGAAUUUCAGAAGAUCUUUGGAGAGAUCUCCUUCGAGGAAUACAAUGAGACAUUUAGAGUUAAUGUGGUGGCAGUAUGGUUUACUGUUGUUGCAUUUUUGGGGCUGUUGGAUGCGGGUAACAAGAAGGGGAAUGUGUUUCAGAGGAGCCAGGUUAUCACGACGAGCAGUAUUGCUGGCUUCAAUAGAAUGUCGGCUAGUAGUUUUGCCUAUGGGCAGACCAAAGCUGCCGCAACGCAUUUGGCCAAGCAAUUGGCUUCUGGCCUAGUGCCGUAUGGGAUCCGUUCAAAUGCGAUUGCGCCUGGUUUAUUUCCAUCCGAUCUCGCAGCAGGCCUCAUCGGCGACGGGGUCUUCCCCAGAGAGAGGCUCCCCCUCGAACGAGUCGGAACAGAGGAGGAAAUGGCAGGGACAAUCCUGUACCUCACUAGCAGAGCAGGUGCAUAUUGCUCCGGCAAUGUUAUGGUCGUCGAUGGUGGCAGACUGAGCGUUCUGCCAUCAACAUAUUGA